AUGUCUUACAACAAGGGCGUCGAGAAUUUUAGAGAUACCGAGUAUCCUAUGAUGCAAGGGCAAAUAUAUCUCGACCAUGGGGGCUCCACAAUAUACGCCAAAUCCUUGAUCGACCAGUUUUCGAAAAAGAUGAUGUCGAAUUUAUACGGCAAUCCCCAUUCGGGAUCCGAUCCAGCACAUCUGUCUGGUCAAGCGGUAGACCAAGUUCGGGAAGCAACUCUGCGUUUCUUUGGAGCGGAUCCAGAACAUUUUGACCUGGUUUUUACAGCCAACGCUACAGCUGCCAUCAAAUGUGUGGCGGAUAAUUUUCGAGACCUUGCCUUAGCCAGUUCGCCAUCCGGAACAUUCUGGUACGGAUACCACAAGGAUGCACAUACAAGCUUGGUGGGAGUGCGAGAAUUGACUAGUGGAACACAUCAUUGCUUUGCUAGUGAUGGUGAGGUCGAAGAUUGGUUAAAUGGGCACCUACCUCCUUCUCUCCUAUGCAGCGGUGCUGGACUGCCAGGCCUCUUUGCGUAUCCUGGUCAAUCAAAUAUGACCGGGCGUCGUCUUCCCCUAUCAUGGACAGCGAAACUUCGUCAGUCAUCCAAGCCAUCUCACCAAAAUACCUAUUCGCUUCUUGAUGCUGCCGCACUCGCAACGACCACGCAGAUCGAUCUAAGUGAUGCAAAUGCGGCGCCCGAUUUUACCGCUGUCUCUUUCUACAAAAUCUUUGGCUUCCCAGACCUAGGCGCUUUGAUUGUUCGGAGGAAAUCGGGACAUAUCCUGUCGUGGAGAAAAUAUUUCGGCGGCGGCACUGUCAAUAUGCUCACUGUUUUACAUGAGACAACUGUUCAGCGCAAAGAUACAACUAUACAUGAUGCACUCGAAGAUGGCACUUUGCCAUUCCAUAGCAUUAUUGCAUUGGGCUGCGCAAUGCAAGUCCACCAGCAGCUAUACGGAUCCAUGUCAAGAAUCUCUCAACAUACCUCCUUUUUAUUUCAACGACUUUACGCCGGCAUGGUUGGACUUCGUCACUUCAAUGGUCGCCCUGUGUGUGUCCCUUAUAAUGAGAGCUCAGCAAGGUGCUCCUUUGCGGAUCCGAGGACUCAGGGAGCAACAAUUGCUUUCAAUAUUGUUGACGCUGAUGGCUAUUACGUUGGCCCCUCAGUCGUGGAAUACCUAGCCAAUGAGAAGGGUAUAUAUCUCAGAUCUGGAGGGCUUUGUAAUGCAGGUGGGAUUGCCAGUUAUCUGAAGGUUGAACCAUGGCAAUUCAAGCGUGCAUGGUCUUCGGGAUAUCGUUGUGGCGCGGCAGGACCUUUAGAGAUCAUUAAUGGGAAGCCUACUGGGGUUGUAAGGGCUAGCCUGGGAGCUAUGUCAACCAUUGAAGAUGUCGACACUUUUGUUGAUUUUCUGUUGGUAACGUUUGUGGAAGUACUAGGACAUCAGGCGAAACCGCCACAGGAGCUGGUUACCCGUGGUGUCUAUCACGAUGGCGAAGAUUCGCUUCGAAAGGAUAGCGGCUUCGCUUCUAGCAUCGAUGGCAAUCCCAUGGGAAUGUCAACUAGUCAACAAGACCCAGCAGAGUUCUGUAUAGAACGGGGUCCUGUGAGGCCUAGGGUGCGCUUAACAAAAUCUUUUAGCAACCGUGUGGGGGAUUUUGAUGCCGACAAGGCCGGUCUUCCGCCUCAGAUCUUUCGCCGCGAAACAGAAAACAGUGCGAGAAUAUCAGCAGCUCAAGCGCUAGCUAAUGAGAAAGUAAAUAUGGACCAAGGACAUCGGCUUCGACGUCAGGAGUCAAGAAUUUCACUCAAGUUCUGGAAGGGCCCCAAGUCGAUUUUCUCAACUGAUCGUUAA